UUUCCCUUCCUUGCAUCAUUCGUUUCGCGAUGUUAAAUCAUAAGAUCCUCAUUUUAAUUGUGGGUGUUAUCGUGUUUAUGGAUGUACUCCAAGCAUUGGACUCCAACACACCACUACUACGCUUCAAUCCCAAUAAUUGCGGUAUUUCUGGUGUUUUCAGAAAAUUUCUCGAGUUCCCAAACCUUGUGGUGGAAGCAGAGGCAUUAAAGGAGCGUGGAGGAUUAGUAUGGAAACGUCCUAACACAUAUGAUACACAGUUUCCACACACGUGGCAUACAUUCAAAGCAAAGAACACCUCUGGUGACGAAGUUGAAUUCAUAAUUAAAGAUAUUCCCCGGAAUAGAUACAAUGAAGUUGUAGACUUGAUGGCUUUAUAUACUUUAAGAUAUAAGCCAAUAUAUAAAACACUGUCUUUGUGGUCCGAUGCAGAUGCUGUAAAAUACCUUAAAAAGCAAUGGGGCCUAGUAUUGCAGCAACAGAUGUCGGUGGCCUGUUUCAGAAACGAUGGUUCGGAUGAUAUUAUUGGUAUUAACAUAUUGGCGGUACAACGAAAGGAUGAUGUUAUGUAUAAAUUGCUUCCAAGUGUUGAAAGUUACAAUCUCAGAGUGUUAUUUGGAUUUAUGAGAGACUUGUAUGAAUUUGAUUUAUUUGGACACUACAAAGUUGAUGAGUUUUUAGGAAGUUUUGGUAUUGGAAUUGACCCAAAGUAUGCGAAUUUUGGAAUCGAUGCGGAAUUUCUUAAGAUACGACAAGAGAUUUGUCGAAAUUUUGGCAUAAAGUUAACGUCAACGAUAUUCACAUCACCAGAGUCCAAUGCUUUAGCCAAUGACAUUCAUUUUAAAAUGGACAAAGGUCUGAGCUUUGCCAAGAUGCAUGAAGUAAUUCCAGAAUUUCCGUAUGUUAACAGAUGGGGAAUGGCGCUCAGGUCUAUUCAUUUUGGGAAAAAAACAAAUCGCUAUAAUUACAGUACAUUUAAAUAAAAUGUAACAGAACGACAACUGCCAAAACAAAUCGCUUUUAAUUUCUUAAAUUGAAGUUUUAAAUAAAGUGAUAUUAUUCUCCAAAA